UUUGUCAUCUCCAGCCCUUCGAGAACGAGAUUUGCGCUCGUUUUGUUUAUUUUCAUUUUUGCGACAAAUACGUUUAAACGAAGCUGGCAAAAUGUCCGGCCUGGAGUCGUAUAUCAAUCACACAGUGUCGAUUAUCACGGCGGAUGGACGCAAUUUCAUCGGCACACUCAAGGGAUUUGAUCAGACCAUCAACAUCAUCAUCGACGAGUGCCAUGAACGCGUCUUCUCCACAACAGCGGGCAUCGAACAGAUUGUGCUUGGACUGCACAUAAUACGCGGCGACAACAUUGCUGUAAUUGGACUGAUAGAUGAUAGCAUCGAUUCCCGUUUGGAUUUGGCCAACAUACGAGGCGAACCCCUUGGACCUGUCGUACAUUGAUUAAGCAACCGAAUAAAACUCAAGAAAUGUUAAAAUA